AUGGCGGCGGCGGCAGCAGCAGUGGAUCCCUGGCAGGCGGCAACCCCACGGAAAAGGCGCUCGGCUCCGCGGCGGCCGGGGCGGAGAGAAGCAGCAGCCCGGAGCCGGGAGGCAGAUCCAGAAGCGGACAGUACAACUGUACUUCGUCGCAUCCGGGAGGCCGGGGAGGACCUGCUUAUCUCUGAAUUCUGGAGUUCAGCACUAGAAACCAUCAUGAGGUGUCUUAGGAAACACAGCGAACAAGUGAAGGCCCUUGAGGGGACUCUUUCCACAGCCCUGGGAAACCUGGAUCUGGACUCACCAGCAGAUGAGACAGCCGUGGCCUGCGACUGCGUCCCAGGGAAGACCCUGGUCGCGGGAGCCCGGCGCUUGAAGUGUGUGUGUUAUGGCAUUGGGAACUUUGCCACCUGCGUCAUCGCGAGAAACCAGCUAACCUUUUUGCUGCACUUCCUGGAAAAGUGCCAGAUUCCCAGAAGUCACUGCUGCAUGUAUGACCCUCUGUUUAGCCAACUUGAAAUCGAAGUUCUUAAUGCCCUGGGGGUGACUGUGCUCAGUGAGAACGAGGAGGGAAAGCGGAGCGUUGGUGGUGAGCCCACCAUCUUCUACAUGCUGCACUGUGGGACAGCUCUAUACAACAACCUCUUGUGGAGUAACUGGUCAGCUGACGCCCUGUCCAAGAUGGUCAUCAUCGGCAACAGUUUCCGAGGGCUUGAGGAAAGGUUAUUGACAAGGACUCUGCAGAAAAAUUAUCCCUACAUUGCAAAGGUCCUCGGAGGCCUGGAGGAGUCUGAGUUCCCUCCGAGUUCACGGUACACGGACAUAUUUAACGAUACCUCCAUCCACUGGUUCCCUGCACUAAAGCUCAGGCUACUCUCUGCAGACACAUGGGCGUUCCAGGAAGAACCAGAUUAUCAGGACUGUGAGGACCUUGAAAUAAUCAGGAAGAAGACAAAAGACCCUUCAUCUACUGACCUGAACUCAUAG